UCUAUUAAUUAUCGGGUAGUCGCCCUUAUUAUAAUUUGGAGAGUGGGCGUCUACUUAUUGUUAAGUUUUAUUUUAUAAUAAAUUUUAUUAAAAUUUAUAUAAGUUCUAAAAUCAAAUGACGUGUAGUUAGCGAAAGAAAUGGAUAUCCUAUUCAAAGAUCACAAUAUAUUCUAUAAUGUUCUAUGUUUUUUAAUAACGGAAAACGAGAAAAUUUUCGAUAGAAACGAUGCAAGAUUGUAUUGGAAAACCGUGUACCAUGUUUUUUCCACCGUUCACCAUCUUUAUGUGGCGCUUUUUGCCGUUGGAUUGGAGUUGGAUAAACAUGAUGAUGUCGCUAUAGAAAACUUGCGUAGGUUCAGAGCCGGAUAUUUGACUGGGUGGAAUUUUUGUUUCCAGACAGUGUUCCUCACUCUCUCGCUCACAUACGAUGUCCUGGAAUGGCUGGACCGACAUGAAACAGAAUUGGCCAAGAAGUUGAAAUACUACAGAGAUGUUUUGUUCUGCGGUCUAGUGUUGCCGAUGACUAUGUUCAUUUCAACAAUGUUCUGGACUGUCUUCCUGAUCGACCGUGAGCUGGUCUUCCCUGAAGUGUACGACAAGAUCGUCCCUUGGUGGUUCAACCACUGCGUCCACACCAACAUCGCCAUCGUAGUUCUCCUGGAAACCCUCAUCCAGUCCAGGAGAUAUCCCACCAAUCUGAAGCUGGAAGUGAUCAUUAAUGGGACGGUUGGAGUGCUGUAUGCUAUUGUAUACUACUCUAUCUACUUCUUCGCGCACAGAUGGCUGUAUGGCGUCUUCGGUAUAAUGACAUGGUGGCAAGUCUGUCUGUACCAAAUCCUCAUCUGGGGCUCGUGUUUCGUCUUCUACUUUAUCCAGUUCCCCAUAAACAGACUGUUCCAUAGAGAAGAAGAUUCCAUGACGAAAGAUGAGGUUACGGAACAGAAGAAUGGAAUAUCAGAAGUUAAGACUGUGAUUCCUGAAGUGAAACUCAAUGGUGAAGAGAAACCCGCUGAUCCAGAUUCAAUGCCUUUCUCCAACAAGUCCUGGAGUUUAAAGUAUAGGUCUAUGAGAAGUCAGAUUGAGAAUUCGAGCCUGUGAUAUUAAUGUUAUGCAGUUAAGUUGUAGAUUUCGAGACUGAUGGUCUGUUCGUAUCCGCAGUUACAUGGUUUUAUUGUAAAUUAUCAACGAUUACUAUGGCAGCCUUAUAAUAUAAUUGUGAUGAAAUUAUGAGAAUACUAUGAGACAAUUAUAAUAAUUUAAUUUUGGUGGGCGGUUGAAUAUUUGUCUCCGAUUGGGUAGCGACCAUCGUACACAAGAUGUAAAAUCCGCCAUAGUGGCACACGUGUAUGUGUCGCGUUCCUGGAUUAACCUGUAUAUAUUCGACUUUAAACAGGCCGGCAUAAUUGUGUCGACUAGUGAGGGAUGAACUUUUCUUGUCAGUUGACAUUAUCUACACCCCCUCUUAGGUGUUAUGCAAUCAGGUGCAAUACGUUUAAUUUGUUGUGACCUUAUAAAAAAAUCAUAGAGAUCAAAAUAAAUAUUGUUUUUGGGUUUGUUAUUAUAAAUUAGGAAUAUAUAGAGUUCAAGUAUGUCCAUUUAUCUGAUAAAUGUCGUGAAUAAGGAACGGAGAAUAAAGUUCCAUAUUGGAUUAAAACUUUUCUCAUAUUUAUUUUAUAUAAACUUGUAAUGAGUAAAAUUUUAUCCAUUGAAUUUAGUUCAGGAAUUGAAAGAUUAUAUUUACUUUUAACAAGUAACUCGGUACAUUCCAGUUUUAAGAUUAUACUCAACCUUAAAAAUAAAACCUAAAAAUAUAUUAUAUAAAUGUAUUAUGUAUGUAUUAUAUGUAUACGCAAUAAUGUAAUUCUGAUGUUAGUUUUAUAGUGACAAACCUUUUUUGUCUUUAACCGCAUAUUCAAAAUAUCACUAGAACUACAUGUUUCCAAAGUAGCAGGAAAACGAAUUACAAUGCAGGGUGUAGUAACAUUUUAUGUUAAUGUAGAAAAAUAUUAUUUUAAGGGUUAUGUAUAUUGAUAGUCAUUUGUUUUAAGAAUGCAAUAAAAUUGGUAAUUUUAUUUCAC